AUGAAGAGGCAAGCAAACCAUUCCGUCCUGAAGUCCACCGGUGCAACUGUCCUGUCACCGGGUCCCCGCACUUUUGGAGAGCAGAGGCCCGGUCAAGCAACCGGAGCUCCUGUGACCUCUGGCGUAGAGGAUGCGCGAGCUUUUAGUGACUUGAGCAAGGAGGCCUCGAGGCAAACUGUGCCCGAACGACGCGAACGGUCAGGAUCGGUAAGCCGUGCUCCAGUUGAUUGGCCGAAAAGUGCCGCGCCUGUGGACGUUGUACCAUCUAAAGAGUCUAAUGUGUCCGGGGUGGAGAACCAGAGGAGACCUCCUCGUGGGCGAUCCAACUCGGGUUUGCAGCUGGAGACUGGAGCUGCUGGCAAAGCCACAGCUUCUGCCUCCAAGAAUUCUGCUGACAUGACCGUAGCUCGACCUCAGGCUGCCGAGUCCUUCCCGUCGGAGUCAUCUCGGAGAGGCCGAAGGCCUUCAAAAGAACUGCAGCAGGCGAUGAGCCUCGAUGAGGAGCUGGAGGCCCUUCUCAAGACGGUGGAGCCAACUCCGCUUGCUACAAAGGAGCCUUUGCCUCUGAAGGAGCCGACAUCAGAGCCCUCCAAGGAGCCGAAGGAACCUCCCAAGUCUGCAAAGGCCGCUGGCACUGCACAGACGGGACCCGAUGGGCAGGAGCGGUGCAGCGUUUGUGGUGCACAGUUCCAGCAGGGGCAGAGUAUCUAUGAAAGCACCAUCGCAGGCCUGAAGCAAGUGCUCUGUAGUGGAUGUUGGUCAGACGUAGCCCCACACUGCGUCGCGUGCGGCAAGCUGAUAUCAGGGCCCAUGGCCAAGGUUGGCGACGACGCCUACCAUCAGCAAUGUUUGAAAUGCGCGAUUUGCUCCAAGGUGAUAGACGGUGCCCUCUCCAAGCUGGACUGUGGCAUUUGCUGCGGUGCUUGCACUGAUGAAGUCGACAAGGACUUACGGGAGCUGCGGCGGCUAUUGUCGGCCGGUGACUUCGAGGGCGCUGCGCUCGUGGAAGGAAGCCUCAAGGCCCGUGGGAUCAAGCCGCCCGAGCAGAAGAGCCGAGAUUUGGGCCGCUGCAGCUCCUGUCAGCUCCCCUUUAAGCCAGGGCAGCAGGUCUAUGAGAAGGACGGGGACUCCAAAAUGCUGUGUGAAGCGUGCUUCCUUUCUGCCGCCCCUGCCUGUGCAGCUUGUGGCAAGCCAGUGGUGGGCAUGGUCGCAAAGGUAGGGGACGACAGUUAUCAUCCGGAGUGCUUAAUCUGCUCAUCCUGUGGUGGACAGAUCUCGGGAUCCUUCGCCAAAACGGAUACAGGCUUUAUGUGCACAGAGUGCCAGGCAGCCCGAGCUUCGUGA